AUGCGUCUCCUGGUGUUGCUUGCAGCCGUGGCGGCGGGCAUUGUGUUGCAGCCUUCGGGCGUUGCCGCUGCGGACGAAAGCGUUCAGCAGCAGGCAUUUCGUUGCGAGAGCGAGGAAGAUUUGGACGGCUCGGCUUGCAGGGUCGACAUGCUGCCAGACUCAGCGCUGGCGGAGAUGGUUUACGAGAGGGGUUUCGACCCAGACGGGGCGGACCGACUACAGCUGCUGGACGCGGUGAUGCAGCUCCUGGACUACGAAUACGCCACCGGAGAGGACCUCCGCGAGAUGGAGUACCUCCCGGACGACGGCUCGGCGGCGGCGGCGGCGGAGACGGCGGCCGCCGACCUCGCGGCGGCCGCCGCCCCCGCCGCCGCCGCUGCCUUAGCCGCGGAGGCGGAAGCAGCCGCCUUGGCGGCUGCUGCGGGGACCGGGAGGGAAGCAGGGCUGGAGGAGGAGCACGGGGCGGCGGGGAGAGAGGACGGGGACGCUGAUUCGCCCGCGGGUGUCGAGUCGGGGGGGGCGGGCAACGACGGGGGGGAAGCGUCUGAUGAUGCGAUCGCCCGAGAGGUGAUCGAGGAGUGCACCUCCUCCUCCGUCGCCUCUUCCUGUCCCGUGGGUGGGCGUGGGGAGGAGGUAGCAGCUCACGACGAGAGCACGCUGCUCGGGUACGCGCACGGCCUGGCCACGGAGGUGCUCCGCACGAUGCGCAGGGACCUGAACUCCUUGGUGGGGAUGCUGCCCGAACCGGUGGAGAGGCCGGUCCGGGAGGCGGCCGCGUUCGUAGGGAACACGGCCACGAGGUUCGUGGGGCCGGCGGUGCAGAAGGCGGAGCGGUACACGCGAGGGCUGCGGCGGGGGGCCGGGAAGACCGCGGGGAAGGCCGUGGUGGCGCUCAAGGACGAGGUGCUGCCGAGGGUCUGGACGGGGGUCAGCCGCGCGGCGUCGAACGCGAAGCGGCGGGUGGAAGACGCCAUAGCAGCCCGGAAGGAGAGGAGCGAGCAGAGGCGCGAGCAGCAGGAGCAGGAGGAGGGUAGAGCACAACGCGAUUGA